CAUACGAUUUGCUUUACUUCAAACACCGGUAAAAGAAUCUAAUAUCAACCAUAAAUAUUGUAAGCCCGAACAACAAAAUGAAACACAGGUUUUGUUGCAUGAUCAAAUCUCAAGACACCAUAGAUGGCAUUCUCAACAGGUUUCUCUACUUCAUACACUCUCCAAAGUAGCUUAUUGUGUGCACAAAAAUCAAAUCCACUAUCCCUAAAGGCCUCCUUAUUCCCACACCAAGUUGGGAAGAAACUCGUCUACCAACCUCUAAGGUAUAAAGGGUUUUCUCCCAAAAGAAGUGUUGGGGAAGUGAAGGCAUCAAUUAAGUGGGAGAAGGGCUAUAAGAGCGUUGAGGUGUUCACUAAGGAGCAUCUUGCUGUGUCAUUGGCUUAUGAUGUUGCUCAACUCUCUAACAAAUUCACCAGAGAGAGAGGCGCUUUCACUGUCGUUUUGUCUGGUGGGUCACUCGUCAAGUACCUCAGGAAAUUGGUUGAACCACCCUAUGUUGAUUCCAUAGAGUGGUCAAAGUGGCAUGUAUUUUGGGUGGAUGAGAGAGUCGUGCCAAAGGAUCACUUAGAAAGUAAUUACAAGCUUGCCUAUGAUGGAUUUCUCUCCAAGGUGCCAAUACCUGCUGUGAAUGUUAAUGCCAUAGAUGAUGCCUUACCAGCUGAUGGAGCAGCUGAUGUUUAUGAAACAACUCUAAGAAGGUUGGUUAAGAGUGAUGUGAUAGCAACAUCAGCUAGUGGGUUUCCAAAAUUUGAUCUCAUGUUGUUGGGUAUGGGUCCAGAUGGGCAUGUGGCUUCUUUAUUCCCAGGGCAUCCUAUUCUGAAGGAGGAUCAGAAAUGGGUUACCUUCAUCAAUGACUCACCAAAACCACCAUCAGAUAGAAUCACUUUUACCUUUCCAGUUAUCAAUUCAUCUUCAAACAUAGCAAUGGUAGUGACUGGCGCAGGUAAAGCAAACUCAGUUUAUCAUGCACUAGAGGAUGAUCAGAAAACUGAUAAGUUGCCUGUUGAAUUGGUUUCACCUGAAGGGGAGUUGAAAUGGUACUUAGACAAAGGUGCUGCUUCAAAGCUGUUUAAGGAGUAGAUGCAUGUGAUAUCCGAGUGAUA